AUGUCAUUACUAUCCUCGCCAUCUUGUUUCCUGUGGGUAAAGCUUUUGAGUGUGUGUUUGGUGUGGCCAUUGCUGGCGUUUUUAGCAGUUUAUCCUACUCUCUACUAAAGCUACUUGUCUCUGUGUGAUAGUCCAAGACUCACGCUGUAUAGUAUCGUCCUUCACAAGUUCUACAAGUUCCCUAGAGUACUCUAUCUCCAGCAAUGAACCCUGAAUAUGACUACCUGUUCAAGUUGCUACUCAUUGGUGACUCUGGUGUAGGAAAGUCAUGUCUGCUCUUGCGAUUUGCCGAUGACACAUACACGGACAGCUACAUCAGUACUAUUGGAGUUGACUUUAAAAUUCGGACGGUAGAGUUGGACGGAAAGACCAUCAAGCUUCAGAUUUGGGACACGGCUGGACAAGAGAGAUUCCGAACCAUCACGUCCAGUUAUUACAGAGGAGCCAAUGGGAUCAUCAUUGUAUACGACGUCACAGACCAAGAGUCUUUCACAAACGUAAAGACGUGGCUGCAAGAGAUUGAUCGAUAUGCUAGCACCAAUGUGAGCAAGCUCCUUGUAGGAAAUAAGUGUGAUCUCACCAACAAGAAGGUGGUGGAUUUCACAACAGCAAAAGAAUUUGCAGACCAACUUCAGAUUCCUUUUCUGGAAACGAGUGCUAAGAAUGCUACGAAUGUGGAGCAGUCGUUUAUGACAAUGGCAGCGGAGAUCAAGCGUGCACAAGGACCUGACAAUGGUCACAUGUCUGGUGGUGGUAACACUGUUCGUAUCACUCCCUCUCAGCCUCUCAAAGAGGACAAGAAGAAAGGCUGCUGUUAGACUAGGAACUUACUUACAUAAGCAAUGUGUGUAUUGUCCAUGUUCAUAUAUUGUAUAGCAUGAUUUAUAAGCCUCCUGCAAGUAUCCGUACUCUAUUUGACAGCUCUAUUAUAUUAGUGGCUCGUAUGCUGAAUGUGUGUUAAUUUAUUGUAAAACAAGAGAUUUCUGAACUGACAGAUACUUUUUUGGCUGGUGUAUGCUGUUAUGUGUGUGUGAUAUUUUUGGCUUUACUUGUGCACUUCUUGUACACCUCCAUUUUAUCAUAAAAAGUUUUGUGUAUUGAAAA